UUCAAAAAUUGCCGCACCGCACAGAUACCCCAUUUCUAUGAGAGAGCGCGAGUAUGUCAUAAAAGUAAACCUAAUUGGGACUUCCUGCUUGUAUUAGAACAGGUUUAUAUCACAGCAUGACUGGCCAAAUAUCAGAGCAUUUUAAAUUUUGAAGAGAGCCGUGCAUUCAACUGUGGAACUUAGAAGAUAAGAAUUAUCUUGUACUUGCGUGCGGCAAUUUCCAUCGCAACGUUAGUUCAUUGCAUCACUUUGUACAAGCGAGAUAGUGUCCGUGAAUAACUGUAGUACUAUGGGCAGUUGUCCGACUAGGGUCAUCCUCGGUUGCCAGUUCAGAUUAGAUUAAGCCCUUUUGGGCUUGAUUCUUUCACCCUUGUCUAGCCACGAUCCAACUAUUGUCAUUACAUCUGUACAAAUUAGUGCUUAUCAAGCGUAACUGGGUCCUCUCUUGUGUAUUAUUACCGUUCUGUAACCAACAGUGACUGGUAUGACAAGAUGUUUGUUCAAUUAUCUGGGGAAGAUAAUAUGGUGUAUAUUCUGACUGGGUAGGGCACGAUCCAAUUGAAGCUUAAUUGGAUGCAACAGUUUACUUGUGAACUUGGAACGGAUCAGAUUGUCGGAAUCUGAGACACUGACGAAAAUUUUUGAAAAUGAAACCAAGUGAGCAUCAUAGUGCCGAUGAUAGAUCGAAUCAACUGUCGAUUAGUGUUUCGACGAUAUCGCUGUAUCCAGACGAAAGUGAUACGCACAAAGCUAGAAGUCCAACUGAGUCCCCGCAGCAACGCUCAACUCAACAUCGUAUCCAACUGAGGAAAUUCAUCUACAACUAUCUCGAGGCAAAACUGCUCGGAGUUGGACGACAUGUCACGACGAAAGGUGCCAAGUCAGCACUUCGAGGAUUUCUUCGAUUCGUUCCCGGAAGGAAAAAGUCAGUCAAAGCCGAAGGAUACAAACAUCUGAUAACGGACGAGGAGAGAAGGUGGCUGGAUGACUAUUCCGCAAGGGAUACCGAACUGUCCUCCCGGCUUGGAGUACCUUUCGUCCAUUGAUCAGCUGCUGGUCCACCAGAAGGUCGAGCUGCUGGAAGCGUUCGUCGGUUUCGAGACGGCCAACAAGUACACCGUUAAAAACACCCUCGGCCAGAAGGUGUACUGGGCAGUGGAGGACACAGAUUGCUGCACUCGAAACUGUUGCGGCGCAGCACGUCCAUUUGAUAUGAAAAUUCUAGACUUUUACCAGAACGAGGUGCUGCACUUCAACCGACCGCUGCGUUGUCAGUCGUGUUGGUUCCCAUGCUGUCUGCAGACCAUGGAGGUUUCCGCCCCACCGGGCAACGUGAUUGGCACGGUCGAGCAGGACUGGUCCAUAUUUACGCCUCAGUUUAGCAUCAAGGAUCAGACGGGAAGCACGGUGCUUAAAAUUGAGGGACCGUGUUGCACGUUCAGCAUUUGUGGGGACGUCGAAUUUAAGGUCGUUACCAAUGAUGGAAGUCAAGUCGGCAAGAUUUCCAAACAGUGGUCUGGAUUUGCGCGCGAGGCCUUCACGGAUUCCGAUCACUUCGGCAUUAACUUCCCGAUGAAUUUAGACGUCAGAGUAAAGGCCACACUAUUGGGUGCUUUAUUCCUUAUUGAUUACAUGUUCUUUGAAAAAACUGGCAACAAAGAGAACGAUCGCCCUGGCAUGUUCUAGGAUGAAAGAAUCACGUAUCUAUAAUUUAUUAAUAAGGACAUCUUUAAAAUUCAUCUGCUUCACACGUAUGUAUAGUACGCAUGUUUAAUGUUGCAUAGCAUUAUAUUCGCUGUUUCGAAAUUGAUCAUAAACGUGAUGUUGAACAGAAGAGUAAGUAUAACUUCGAGUGCCAGGGAAAUAACUAUUAAGUUACCACAUGCGACACAUAGAGCGUCUUUUUUAACUUUCCUUUUUAUGCGAACACUUGUGGCUAGGGACGCUUACAAUUUUAUGCUUGUGAAUUUUAACACGCAACAAUCUCAGUUUAGAUGACCUGUAACAAUAUACAAACGAAAGAAAAACAAAGCACAGUGAAGUUUCUCAAGAAUAUAGAUAUAUUGAUAUUAAAUACUGUCAGUUAUUGCAGAUAUACUAUUUACCGCUCUAUCAUAUACUGAACGCGCAUAAACUAUGAAGCACAAGACCUAUAUUUCGUAAUUUUGAUACGAUAUUGUUAACUUCCAUUAUCCCGAAAUAGUAUCUUUAGUAAAUGUCCGGAAAUAAAAAGAUUCCUAUUCAA